UAGUGGGAGGUGGCCAAGGCAUCUGCCACUGCUGCUCACUGCCACUACCAGCCGGAGCCAGGGCCUGGUCGAGACAACUAUUUUUGAGGCAAGACUCGUGGCUGUGACCCAUGGGCCUCUGAGGAGGCAUUGUAAGUCCGCCCAGCUCCCCACUUGCUGUGCUCCCACUCAAUGCGAAGGGAACCAGGGCCAAGGUACCAGGGCCAAGUGGGUCCAGACAUCCACACGGAUUCUGAAAGGGCAGGUCAAGCAGACUUUGUCCAGCUGUCAGCCACGGCCUCUCUACAGCACCAAGAUGGAAGUCAAAGGUCAGCUGAUCAGCUCUCCUACCUUCAAUGCCCCAGCUGCCCUGUUCGGAGAGGCUGCCCCCCAGGUGAAGUCAGAGCGUCUGCGGGGGCUGCUUGACCGGCAGCGGACCCUGCAGGAGGCCCUGAACCUGAAACUUCAGGAGCUCCGCAAAGUGUGUCUCCAGGAGGCGGAGCUGACUGGCCAGCUGCCCCCUGAGUGCCCACUAGAGCCUGGUGAACGGCCCCAGUUGGUCCGCCGGCGGCCCCCCACAGCCCGUGCCUACCCUCCACCGCACCCCAACCAAGCACACCACUCCUUGUGCCCUGCUGAGGAGCUGGCUCUUGAGGCCCUGGAGCGUGAGGUGUCAGUGCAGCAGCAGAUCGCGGCAGCUGCCCGUCGCCUGGCCCUGGCCCCUGAUCUGAGCACCGAGCAGCGCCGUCGCCGUCGCCAGGUCCAGGCAGACGCACUGAGGAGGCUGCACGAGCUAGAGGAGCAGCUCGGGGAUGUCCGGGCCCGCCUUGGCCUCCCAGUGCUCCCGCUGCCCCAGCCACUGCCACUGUCCACGGGGUCAGUGAUCACCGCCCAGGGAGUCUGCCUGGGCAUGCGCCUCACUCAGCUCAGCCAAGAGGACGUAGUUCUGCACUCAGAGAGCAGCUCCCUCUCAGAGUCUGGGGCCAGCCAUGACAACGAGGAGCCCCAUGGCUGUUUCUCUCUGGCCGAGCGCCCCUCACCACCCAAGGCUUGGGACCAGCUGCGGGCAGUAUCCGGGGGGAGCCCUGAGCGGCGAACCCCAUGGAAACCACCCCCAUCAGAUCUUUACGGGGAUCUGAAGAGCCGACGGAACUCUGUGGCCAGCCCCACCAGCCCCACACGCUCGCUGCCCAGGAGUGCCUCCAGUUUUGAGGGGCGAAGUGUGCCUGCCACCCCAGUCCUCACCCGGGGCGCUGGCCCCCAGCUCUGCAAACCUGAAGGCCUUCAUUCUCGUCAGUGGUCCGGCAGCCAGGACUCCCAGAUGGGCUUCCCCCGGGCGGACCCUGCCUCCGAUCGCGCCUCCCUCUUCGUAGCUCGCACCCGCCGCAGCAAUAGCUCUGAGGCCCUGCUGGUGGACCGGGCUGCUGGUGGGGGAGCUGGCUCCCCGCCCACCCCUCUGGCUCCCUCUGCCUCUGGCCCCCCAGUCUGCAAGAGCAGUGAGGUGCUGUAUGAGCGCCCCCAACCAACCUCUGCCUUCUCCUCCCGCACAGCAGGCCCCCCAGACCCUCCCCGGGCCGCCCGGCCUAGCUCAGCUGCCCCUGCCUCCCGAGGUGCCCCCCGGCUCCCACCUGUGUGUGGGGACUUCCUCUUGGACUAUUCCUUGGACCGGGGUCUGCCCCGCAGUGGUGGUGGAGCAGGCUGGGGGGAGCUGCUGCCUGCCGCUGAGGUCCCAGGACCCCUCUCCCGCCGGGAUGGGCUCCUCACCAUGCUCCCCGGCCCACCACCUGUGUAUGCAACUGACAGCAACAGCCCCCUCCUCCGCACCAAGGACCCCCACACCCGUGCCACCCGCACCAAGCCCUGUGGCCUGCCCCCAGAGGUUGCCGAGGGUCCUGAGGUGCAUCCAAACCCUCUGCUGUGGAUGCCCCCACCCACCCGUAUCCCCUCGGCUGGUGAACGCAGUGGCCACAAGAACCUGGCUCUGGAGGGGCUGCGGGACUGGUACAUCCGGAACUCGGGACUGGCCGCGGGGCCCCAGCGCCGGCCUGUGCUCCCUUCCGUGGGCCCGCCACACCCACCCUUCCUCCAUGCCCGCUGCUAUGAGGUGGGCCAGGCGCUGUACGGGGCCCCCAGCCAAGCGCCACUCCCACACUCGAGGAGUUUCACGGCGCCCCCUGUCUCUGGCAGGUAUGGGGGGUGCUUUUACUGAUGGGUAGGGGUCUCUUAAGGCAGAUGGCGAAGAUAUCCAGGCCAGGGAGUGGCUAGUCAUGAUAGCUAAUGAAUUGGACCAUGAGGAAACUAGCUGCCGUGAUGGCACAGGGUCACUACUGCACAUGACCUGCAUUAGUCCAUGGGGUCCUGGUGGAGGGGAUCUUGGGCACUGGUAGCAGCAAUUCUUUAUCAAGUUAUAGGCUGAAGAUGAGCCUUGAAGCCAGGGUGCUGGGAGGAAGGGACAUCUCAUGCCCCUUGCCGUUUUCUUCCUUGUUUCUCCAUGCCCUGGAGCCUGAAAGUGCUGUCCUGUGCCUGCCUCCACCUCUUUAACGAGCCUCUUUUCCUUUCUUUUUAUGUGUCUUGUCUGUCUUUUCCUCUUCUUGUCUUCCCCGCCCUGUCCUCCGGAUUCCUGCUACCCCUUCUAAAGAUACUACGCGGACUUCCUGUAUCCCCCGGAGCUGAGCGCUCGUUUAAGUGACCUGACGCUAGAGGGGGAGCAGUCCUCCAGUUCUGACACCCAGACCCCGGGGACACUGGUCUGACCCCUUCUGAUAUGUCCCUUGUUGGCUUGGGCACGAUUCCAAUCUGGGGAGCACAUAGCUGACCUCGCUGGGCCCUGGGGUGUGGUUGCUCUGUCCUGAGUGCAGUGCGCCAACCUAAUCUUCCAAGGCCCCUGGCUCCCUGUAGGCCCAGGAAGGUGUCUGACACCCUGCUUCUUCUCUCACACUGUGCUGGGGACUGGGGGCCCUCAGCCAGCUUAAAAGAGAGAGGAUAAUGUCAUGGGGACCCCAAGCCCCUUCAUCCAUUUAUGUUUACAGUUGUGACUUAGGUAUUCACUGUCUUCCUCCAACACUAGACGUUUUAUAAAAGGGAAACUUGAUCUCAUCUGGUUGGGUUCAUUCCUGUUCCCAUGCCCAACCGGGUUCCAUUCAGUAACCCCCUCCAUAAAAUGGACCAUAUCGGGUCUCAGGGCCAUUUAGGGCAGCCAGGAGACUCUGGUGUGAACAGAAAUCCCUGCCACGCAUCGCCAGGGCAGUUGUUGGGGCAUUGGGCUCUCUGCCCACGCUUGGAAGGACUGCAGUCUGGGUGGGAUGCCUGAAGGAGUCCAACCCUGUCUGUGCCCAUGGCCUCUGCCCUGACCACCCCCAGUCAGGAGGCCCCACAGGAGGGGCAAAGGGCAGAGCCA